CCCGGCCUGACACGGCCGGACUGAGCGGGGGGCGACCGUGGGGCUGCGUGCGGGGAACGGGGGGGGGGGCGGCAUCCCGGGGCUGUAUCACGAGUAGCGGCGGGUUUGGAUCGUGGGUGCCGGGGUCGCAUCCCCAGUAGUGGAGGGUUUGCAUCCCCGGCUGCACAGCGGAUGCGUCCCAGGGCUGGGGGAGGAUUUGAGGGAGCUGGGGAGGGGGGGGUCUGAGCGCUCGGCGAGGGUAGAUCGGCACGUGGGGGCCGUACCGAGGGGCUGCAGCUGGGUUUGCUGUGCCGGGGAUGCAGGCUGGGCUCGGCGCUUCCCCAGCAGAGCGCGAUGUGACCCCGGGGCGCCGCCAUGGCCCUGCUGCCAACCGGAGGGGCCCGGAAACAACGCACAGCCCGGGGGGAGCGCGGCGAGGAGGAGGUGGAGGUGGAGGAGACCCCCCGGCACCGCUCAGCACCCGCCGCAGAUGAGUGCCCCCACCCAGGUGCUCGCAGGACAUCGGCGACCACUCGGCACUGAGGGCAGCGUGGAGACAUGAGCGGCAGCGCGAGCCAGCGUGCCGCCGUCUUCGUGCUCCUCUUCGCCCUGCUCAUGCUGCUGAUCAUCUACAGCUCCAGCAGCGGGACCGAGGUGUUCCCCUACAGUGCACUGCGGGGCAGAGCCCGGCGGCCCCCCAACCUGCGGCACUGGAGGGUGAGCAGCGGAUACCUGCCUGUCUCUGGGAACAAGACCCUGUCUGCCCACUGCCACCAAUGCGCCAUCGUCACCAGCUCCAGCCACCUCCUGGGCACCCACCUGGGUGCCGAGAUCGACCAAACCGAGUGCACCAUCCGCAUGAACGACGCUCCCACCACCGGCUACGAGGCCGAUGUGGGCAACAAAACCACCUUCCGCGUGGUGGCCCACUCCAGCAUCUACCGUGUCCUCAAGAGGCCCCAAGAGUUCGUCAAUAAGACCCCAGAGACCAUCCUCAUCUUCUGGGGGCCGCCGGCCAAGAUGCAGAAGGGGCUGUUGAAGAUCAUCCAACGCGUCGGCGCAUCCUUCCCCAACAUGACGGCCUACGUGGUCUCCCCGCACCGCAUGAAGCAGUUUGAUGAGCUCUUUCGGGGGGAGACGGGGAAGGACAGAGAGAAGUCGCGCUCGUGGUUGAGCACGGGUUGGUUCACCAUGGGGAUUGCGGUGGAGCUGUGCGACGCCGUCCACGUCUACGGCAUGGUGCCCCCCAACUACUGCAGCCAGCGCCCGCAGCCCCGCCGCAUGGCCUACCACUACUAUGAGCCCAAGGGCCCCGACGAGUGCACCACGUACAUCCACAACGAGCGCAGCCGCCGCGGGAACCACCACCGCUUCAUCACCGAGAAGCGCGUCUUCGCCAGCUGGGCCGCCCCCUACAACAUCACCUUCUCUCACCCCACCUGGCCGUAGGGGGGCUGUGCUGAGCAGGGAGCCCUGGGGAUGGGGUCCCUUUGAUUUGGGGUCCCUUUGAUUCAGGGUCACCUUGGGAUGGGAUCCCCUUGGCUUAGGGUCCCAUUGGGAUGAGGUCCCCUUGCCUUGGGGUCCCAUUGAGAUGAGGUCCCAUUGGUUUGGGGUCCCCUUAGUUUUUAGUUCAGGGAUUCCUUGGCUUGGGGUCUCUGUGGGAUGGAGUCCCCUUGGUUUGGGAUCCCAUUGCUUCAGAGUCCCCUCAGUUUGGGGUCUGAUACAGCUAUUGGGGCCACAUGCCCCCACUGUGCACGUGGGUCUGCACAGCUGUGACACUGUGGGUUUGGGGGUGCAUCCCUUCCUGCAGGACACGAGACCCUGCACAGUCCCAGCUCAGAACCUCCCGGGCUGCAUUGCAGCCCAUCACCCUGAGAGCACACAGUGGGUGGAGGUGCAGGGUCCCCUUUGGCUGCCAUGGGGGUCACGUUGCUUUUGUGGCACCAUUUCAGCCCCCACCCCCCAACUGCCCCCCAGCACAAACCCCAACAUUUUCAGUGUCACCAUCCCCAGAGCAGGGACCUCAAGAGCCACCCCAAUGAGAACCAGGGGGACGACACUGCCAACGUGGUGCCAGGAGGGGGAGGUGGGUUAAAGGGGGGGCCGAUACCACACAGCACUGCCGGAACCUUUUGUAACCUGGCCAUGGGAUUUGGGGGAUUUUUUCCCUCCUGGUCCCUGUGUUUGGAUUUCCUCCAUGAGCCACAUGAUGCUCGUUACUCAUCAGCCCCUCAUGAACGUUUGGAUGCUGAGCCCCCAGCGGGUGGCAGCCCCGUGCCUCAGUUUCCCCCCUUGGCCGUGGCACUGGGGGGGGGGGGGUCCAUCCCGGUGGGGUCACAUCGUGGGGGGUGUCUCAGCACCGUGUUUUGUAUCGAUUUGUACAGGAAUAAACCUCGCUGCAGUCUGUUGCCUUGGA